GCAACUUAUAGGCAAAAGAAGUUACAAACUCGAGAGUGUAUAAAAUAUGGCAACUAUGGCCGAGACGGAUUCGAUUGAAAGGGGCUUCCGUCGGCUCUCGUCUAUUUUUCAUCCGCCUGUUCUGGACGCCCAUAAAUGUUAUAGAUGCAAGGAUGCAGUCUAUCAUGCUGAAAGAAUGGGACCCGUCCACGAGGUCAUGUACCACAAACAUUGUUUUAAAUGUGUUGUCUGCGACCAGCAUUUGACAAUGAAAAAUUAUUUUACUAGUCAGGUAGACCCUAAUGACAGGGAUCUUUAUUGUUCGAAUCAUUAUCCGCGAGUAGGCGCGGCUAAAUACGGCCAGAGUGCCAUUGGUAUUCGGGGACCCGUGAAAGCUCAGGAAAACUUCAGAAAAAUGAGCAAGAAAUUAGACAAUCAAGUCCGAAAACCAGGAACUGUUCGUAUACCAUCUUACGAUGCUCAGGCAAUAGCUAUCAAAAGGAUUUUAACAUCGCCAAAGGCACAGGAAUACACUGCAGCUGUGAAUGCACAGGCUCAAAAAGUGAGUUUGCCCCCUGACGCAAUGGGUAUCAAACAACCAAUUGCAGCCCAAAAACUCAGUAAAACAACACAGCAAAAUCAUGCAGGACAUAUGUACCAACCAAAGUACAAAAAGAAACUAGCGGAGGCACAGGUUCAACUUGAACAAGUUCAUCGUGAGGAGGAAGACAUAUUGUUGAAGAAUUUCCAGAUAGAGAGGGAAAAGGAGAAAAAGAAACUGUCAGACGAGAUGAGUAAAGAAUGGGAAGUGAGGCUAAAGGAACUGACAAACAUGUUUGAAAGAGAUAUGUCAAAGAAAAAGAAGAAGAUGGAUGAUAGAGAUAAAAAGAUAAUGACUGUACAAUUUGAGAACCAGAAGAAGGAGUUGGAGAAAACACUCACUGUCAAGAAAGAGAAGAAGAAGGAAAGCAUGACAUUGAGACUAAAACAGAAGGAACAAAGUAUGACGUCAUCCCUUGUGACAAAACAAAGCGAGCAAAUGUUGGACCUUUUGGCACAAAAGAAAGAAGAAUUAAGGAGAGAUCUAGAAAAGGAAUUAGAAGCCCAAGUAUGAUAUUAACUCCUUUGCUUUGGAAAAGAGUUUUUCUUAUAAUCAUUUAAAUGUCAAUGAAAGUUAAAGCACUGUUAGCACUUAGGCUUGAUAAUACGGUCCAUUUAUUAAGGGAUUGGCUCUUGAGCAGUGCAUGCGCUACCCAAGGUUCAAUAAAGAAUCUACAUGUCAGUUAUUUAAAGCUUUGACCUUAAACUUGUGAUGUUCCUAUUCCAUGUAACAUAAUCAUUAAAUCUUUUAUAAAGGACUACCCAGGGAUUUUCAUUGUGUUUCAUUAAAAACUCUCAAGUGGAUAAAAAGUACAAAUUUAUAUUUGUUAUAUAGAUUUUUCUAGUUUUGCCAGAAGCCUCUGGCAGUUAUCUAAAUAACCAGGACUGAUAAAAAACAUCAAAAUGAAUAUAUUGAAGUACUUAGCUUUUCUUAAUUCACAGACUGUAAACUUGAAGCCUGUCUAACACUCAUUCUGCUUCACCAGAUUAUAUGAUAUCAAACGUUUAUUGAAACGUAUAUUCUUAAUGAGGUAACUCUAUCAAGCAUUUUGACGGAAUUAUGCCCCUUUUCAAAAUAAGAAUUUAUGUUAAAGUUUUUGUAACAUCUCAUAUAUUUUCAAAGUCCAUUGACAUAUGGCUUUGAAACUUUGCACACUUGUUCACCAUCAUGACCCCAUCCUGUAGACAAGGGGAGGUAACUCUAUCAAAUAUUUUGACAGAAUUAUGCCCCUUUUUCGACUUAGAAUUUACGUUAAAGUUUUUGUAGCACCUCAAAUAUUUACAAAGUUAAUUGACAUAUGGCUUUGAAACUUUGUACAAUUGUUCACCAUAAUGCCCCCAAUGGCUUUGAAACUUUGUACAAUUGUUCACCAUAUUGCCCCCAAUCUGUAGACAAGCAUUUUUACAGAAUAAUUGCCCCUUUUUAGCUCACCUGAGCACAAAGUGCUCAAGGGUGAGCUUUUGUCAUCACUCUGCGUCCGUCGUGCGUCUGUGCGUCGUGCGUCCUUCAAAAAAUGGCGUCAAACUUUUCAAACAACAUCUCCUAAACCACAUGGCCAAUUGCAACCAAACUUUACAGAAAUGAUCCUUGGGUGGUCCCCUUUCAAAGCUGUUCAAAUGUUGCAUAUGUAGGUCAUAGGGCCAGAAAAGGAUUUCAAAAAACACAAAAUUAAAAAAUCUUCUUGUCUGAAAGUACAUGGGCCAGAGCUUUGAUUUUUAGCUCACCUGUCACAAAGUGACAGGGUGAGCUUUUGUGAUCGCUUUUCGUCCAGCGUCCGUCCGUCCGUCCGUAAACUUUUACUUUAAAUGACAUCUCCUCAUAAACCACUAAGCCAAUUUCAUCCAAACUUCACAGGAAUGUUCCUUUGGUGGUCACCUUUAAAAAUUGUUCAAAGAAUUUAAUUCCAUGCAGAACUCUGGUUGCCAUGGCAACCGAAAGAAAAAACUUUAAAUAUCUUCUUUUAAAAAACCGUAAGAGCUAGAGCUUAGAUAUUUGGCAUGAAACAUGUUCUAAUGAGUUUCUACCAAGUUUGUUCAAAUAAAAGCCCCGGGUCAAAAUUGGCCCCGCCCCAGGGGGUCAUUGAUUUUCCCUAUAUGCAUAUAGUAAAAACCUAAAAAAUCUUCUUUUAAAGAACCCAAAGAGCUAGAGCUAAGAUCUUUAGCAUGAAACAUGUUCUAAUGAGUGUCUACCAAGUUUGUUCAAAUAAAAGCCCCGGGGUCAAAAUUGGCCCCGCCCCAGGGGGUCAUUGAUUUUCCCUUUAUGCAUAUAGUAAAAACUUAAAAAAUCUUCUUUUAAAGAAAUCAAAGAGCUAGAGCUAAGAUAUUUAGUAUGAAACAUCUUCUAGUGAGUGUCUACAAAGUUUGUUCAAAUAAAAGCCCUGGGGUCAAAAUUGGCCCCGCCCCGGGGGUCAUUGAUUUUUCUUACAUCUGUAUAGCAAAAACUUAAAAAUCAUCUUUGAAAAAACCCAAAUAGCUAGAGUUUAGAUAUUAAGCAUGAAACAUCUUCUAGUAAGUGUCUACAAAGUUUGUUCAAAUGAAAGCCCUGGGGUCAAAAUUGGCCCCGCCCCAGUGGUGUUAUUUAUUAACUAUUAACUAUAUGUGUAUAGUAAAAACUUUAAAAAAACUGCUUUUAAGAAACCCAAUGAGCUAGAGCUUAGAUGUUUAGCAUGAAACAGCUUCUUAUGGGUGUCUACCAAGUUUGUUCAAAUAAAAGCCCUUGGGUUAAAAUUGGCCCUGCCAAGGGGGGGGGGCUAUAUAUAGGUGAUCGACUUCAGGGCCAUCAUGGCCCUCUUGUUGGUAUAUGGUAUCAUCUAUGGGUCCUCUACCAAAGUUGUUCAAAUUUUGUCCCUAGUGUCAAAAUUGGCCCCGCCCCGGGGGGUCAUAGGUUUUUCCUUAUAUGUAUAUAGUAAAAUCUAAAAAAAUCUUCUUCUCUGAUUUGGCAAAGGCUACAGAUUAGAUAUUUGGCAUGAAACAUUGUGUAGUAGACCUCUAUCAAGAUUGUUCAAAUAAUGGCCCUAGGGUCAAAAUUGGCCCCGCCCCGGGGGGUCAUUGAUUUUCAUUACAUACAUAUAGUGAAAACUUGAAAAAUCUUCUGGUCUGAAAGUAAAUGGCCUAGAGCUUUGAUUUUUGGUAUAUGGUAUCAUCUAUGGGUCCUCUACCAAAGUUGUUCAAAUUUUGUCCCUAGUGUCAAAAUUGGCCCCGCCCCGGGGGGUCAUAGGUUUUUCCUUAUAUGUAUAUAGUAAAAUCUAAAAAAAUCUUCUUCUCUGAUUUGGCAAAGGCUACAGAUUAGAUAUUUGGCAUGAAACAUUGUGUAGUAGACCUCUAUCAAGAUUGUUCAAAUAAUGGCCCUAGGGUCAAAAUUGGCCCCGCCCCGGGGGGUCAUUGAUUUUCAUUACAUACAUAUAGUGAAAACUUGAAAAAUCUUCUGGUCUGAAAGUAAAUGGCCUAGAGCUUUGAUAUAUUUGGUCUAUGGUAUCAUCUGAAGGUCCAAUACCAAAGUUGUACAAAUUUUGUUCCUAGUGUCAAAAUUGGCCCCGCCCCGGGGG